GGCAUGGCCCAAGCAGCUCAGGACCUGGUGAAAUGGUGUGUGUGGCUUCGCCUCCAGCUCCCAGCUGGUCUGGGGGGGACCACCCCACCUGCAUGCAGGGGCAUUACACCUGGGGAUGCCACACAUGGUGGCGGUGGCACGAGGUGCGUGUGGUACAGCCUCAAGAGCCCCUUUGCCCUCUUUCCUGCCACAGCCCGGGAGCCAGUCACCGCCGCUGUGCCGGCGUGGGCCACCUGCCCGCAGGGGCACGUCAGGACCUGCCGGGCAGCUGACAUGGGAGGAGGACAUGCAGCACCUGGAGAGGCAGCUGGGGAGCCUGCGGGUGAUGCACGAGGUGCAGCCAAGGCAGCCGCUGCUGGGGCGGCCAGAGGAGGAGCUGCCACCAUUCGUGCCACGGUCCACCACCCCAGCACCCCAGCAUUCUGCCCUUCCCCGUGAGGAUGUGCCUGCCCACAGCAGCCAGUCCCCCACACUGCCGAGGAGCAUGGCCGUGCCACCAGCCACUCUGAGGGGCCAGGAGGGCCCCAGGGCAGGGGGGGCAGUGGGCAGCCCUGGCGCCCGGCAUGAUGCUCGGCGUGAGAUCCUGGGCUGCGGCGUCUCUGUCCGCAGCCUCAAGGCCAACUACGAGGGGCCGGGGGGGCCUCCCCAACCCCUCCCCAGGGUCACCAAGCGCAAGAGGGUGCAGCCACCUGGCAGCGCCCGCCAGCCCAUCCUGGAGGAGGAGUAUGGGGAUGGGGCAUUGCGGCGGAGCAGACCAGUGCUGCCAGAGCCGAGUAGCCCAUGCAAACACACCAAGGGGUGCAAGGAGCGUGCUGUCUUCCUCUUCCUGGAGCACUGGAAGAAACGGGCACUUGCAGCUGUGCCUGGGGAGGAGCGGCCGCGGCGGCCAGGGAGGCGGCGUCCAGCGGCAGGGCGGCUGCUGGCCCGCUGGAGGAGUGUCGCCCGCCGAGUGCCAGGGCGUCAGAUCCGGCGACUGAGCCGUACCACGGUGCUGUACUGGCCCCAACACUUCCUGCCCCACGUCGGUGGCUCACCCAUGCCCCACGACAGCCUCCCACUCGACCUCUUCAUGCUGGGCUACUUCCAGCUGCUGGAGAUGCCACUCAGCCCCGAGGAGCGGCGCUUCCGUCACCUCCUCUGCUAUGAGAUGUUUGACCGCCUGGGCAGCCACAGCUGGCACCGCGUCCGCCGUUUCCACCGCACUGUGCUGGAGCAGGUCGAGGCUGGCCACCGCCACUGGCUUGAUGGCUUUGAGGACCUUGUGCAGGAGUUUUUUGGGGAUAACCCUGUGGCACCGGCAGAGAGCCUGCCAGAACCACUCCCCAUGGCCCCAGAAGGGCAGGUGGCAGCUGUGCCGGUGCUGGUGCCAGAGCUGGGCGAGUUCAGCGAGGAGGACGUCUGCCGCUUCAUUGACCGCAGCUUCUCCUUUUGGAAGGAGAAGGAGGCAGAGAUGUCUGACACCUGAGCCCUGCAGGAUGCUGUGGGCUGUACCAGCGGUGUGGCAUGGGCGGGAAGAGCAGGCUCAGGGCGCAGCUGUGAGCAGCAGGACCUGGUGCCCGGGUGUGCUCAGCUGCCUCUGUGGCUCUGGCGGUGCCGUGGUGCAGCUCGGCUUGGCGGAGGGCUGGGUGUUGUUGUGCACGGCCCCGGGCCGAGGUUGCAGUGUGCUGCUUGCCGUGGCUGUGUGUUGUGUGGGAGAUGCAGCAGCGGGGCUGCACUCCCCUCUGGUGUGGCAUUUGUGGUGCUGGGGCAGUGUGGGCCCCCGCGUGUCGUGCAAUAAAGCUGUGGUGUGCUGCAAGGGCUGGCCACGCCACACGCUCCUUCCUCCUCCCCGCGCCGGCGGAGGGCAGGCAGCGAGGGCUGCGUUGGCGAGCAGCGUGCUGGCAAAUCCCACCAGCACCAUGCCAGGAGUACGGCUCAGCCCAGCCGCCAGAAGGACGUGAUGUCACGCACCAGGAUGAUGCUGUGGCCCCAUGGUACCGGCAGCGAGGGUGGGCUCCCAGCAGCGCC